AUGGCUUCUCUUCCAUGGACUGCUUGGGUUCAAGGUGCUUUGUUGGCUCCUCUUGCUCAAUCUGGUGCUUCUGCUGUCUUGUUGAUGGGUGCUGAUGGAAGUAUGUGGGGUUUGGCUGGUCAAUGGAAUGUUUCUGCUCAAGAAGCUGCCACUUUGGCUAAUGCUAUUAAGACUAGUGCUGGUGCUCCAAUUUCUUGCACUUUGGGUGGUGUUAAAUUCAUGGGUAUGAGAGCUGAUGACUCUGAAUUUGUCUCCAAUUCUACUCAAAAGACUUGUGUCUGUGGUCAUAUGUUGAAGAAGACCACCAUUGUCGUUUGGGGUGCUUUGGACCAUGCCAGAAAUAUCAAUGCUGCUGUCAGUAAGGUUGCUGAAGCUUUGGCUCAAGACCCAUCUGUUGCUUCCCUCUUGAACUAA